AUGUCACCCAUUCACCAAACAACCGCGCCGGACAAAGAAGCUCGAAACCCCGCCGGUAUCCACGUCGUGAACCAAGCUAUGGGGCCUUGCAUCACCCUUGGCGGCGAGAAUGGCGUACAGGUGGGCCGCUUGGUGACUCCCCGCGACAACAAGGUUCUUGAGCAAGGGCGGUUCACCACGCUCGGUCUCGCGGGGUGCUGGUGCUAUUUGGUCGUCUACGCCGCAAACGGAUAUAUCUUCCCCAGCUUCAAGGACCUCGAGGGCAGGCUUUGGAUUGGACACUUUGCGUCGAGCGGCGGCUCCCCGGCCGUGGUCUUGGGAAAAGCGCCCGUUCAGCAAGGUGAGGCGACCCGGCUUGGCAACUAUUCGGAGACGGAAUAG